AUGAAUUCAGUAGUGAAGUGGCUAAUGUAUUGUAAGCAUGGGUUAUUUGCUGAUGACAAUUAUCUGAUGCAUGAGGCUGUAAGGCAAGUGAAUAUUGAUGCUCAAUCAAUUGCAAACUGGGCAAGAGCCCAUGGAUUAGAGAUCAAUUCGAUGAAAACAAAGGCUAUGAUACUGGAAAAUUGCUGGUCUCAGCAACGAUUCUACCGCUUGUUGACUAUUGCUCUGUUGUUCUUGUUGAUGCGUCAGCUGAAAAUGAUUUGA